UGCAUAAGUUUUGUGUUCAAAAACUAUGGCACAGGCGGGACUAAAUAAACUGUUUUCUCAGCUUGGAAGGGUUGGCAUUGGACUUGCAGUUGCUGGUGGAGUUGUUAACACUGCUCUGUAUAAUGUUGAAGCCGGUCAUCGGGCUGUCAUCUUCGACAGGUUCGCUGGAGUCAAAGAUUACGUCAUGGGAGAAGGUACACACUUCCUGAUCCCAUGGGUUCAGAGACCAAUCAUCUACGAUUGUCGCUCCCGACCGAGGAACAUUCCUAGCAUCACAGGCAGCAAAGAUUUGCAGAAUGUGAACAUCACCCUUCGAAUCCUUUUCCGACCCGAGGCUGCGAAUCUGCCCAAAUUGUACGUCAAUCUCGGCGAGGAUUACGAUGAGAGGGUCUUACCGUCUAUCACAAAUGAAGUCUUGAAAGCAGUUGUGGCCCAGUUUGACGCCAGUGAGUUAAUCACACAGAGAGAGGUAGUUUCCCAACAAGUCAACGAUGAAUUAACAGAAAGAGGAGCUCAGUUUGGUCUCAUUCUGGAUGACAUUUCUAUCACUCAUCUAACGUUUGGCCGAGAGUUCACAGAAGCUGUAGAGAUGAAGCAAGUUGCUCAACAGGAUGCAGAGAGGGCUCGGUUCCUUGUAGAGAAGGCGGAGCAACAGAAGCAAGCUGCCAUCAUCACAGCCGAGGGAGAUUCCCAGGCUGCUCAUCUCUUGUCAGAGGCCUUCACGAAGGCCGGUGAUGCCUUGAUUGAGCUCCGUAAGCUUGAGGCCGCUGAGGACAUCGCCUUCCAGAUGUCCAGAUCAAGAAACAUCAACUACCUUCCCCCCGGUCAGCAGACAUUGCUGAGUUUACCAACAAUGUAGGUGGUUUAUCCAAAGGGGAGAAGGUACAACAAUAGUGACAAGAAAUUAAAGCUUUUAAAAAAGAUUCAGGUACUUUUUCAAAAUGUCCACAUAUUUACAUUAAACUCUCAGGGUUUGAAGAGA